AUGGGCCAUCACUCGUGCUGCGACAAGCAAAAGGUGAAGAGAGGGCUUUGGUCACCGGAAGAAGACCAAAAGCUCAUCAACUACAUCAACACAUAUGGCCAUGGAUGCUGGAGCUCUAGAUGUGGAAAGAGUUGUAGAUUAAGAUGGAUAAAUUAUUUAAGACCUGAUCUUAAACGUGGAAGUUUCUCUUCUCAAGAAGCUGCUCUUAUCAUUGAGCUUCAUAGGCUUCUUGGUAAUAGAUGGGCUCAGAUUGCUAAACAUCUACCUGGAAGAACAGAUAACGAGGUCAAGAAUUUCUGGAACUCAAGCAUAAAAAAGAAGCUCAUGUCUCACCAUUAUCAUGGUCACAAUCUUCAUCAUCAUAUCUCCUCAAUGGCGAGUUUGCUCACUAACCUUCCUUAUCACAACGGAUUCAAUACUACUAAUGGAGACGAUGAAGGUUCAAGAUUCAUGUCAAAUAUCAUCACAAACACUAACCCUAAUUUCAUCACUCCAAGUCACCUCUCUCUCCUUUCUCCUCAAGUUAUGGCCCCAUUGAUGUUCCCAACCUCUAGAGAAGGAGAUUUCAAGUUUUUAUCAACUACCAACACAAACCAAUCUCAUCAAGACAACAACCUCGACAUUUAUGAUAAUGAUUCCCAGUUGCCAUCACUACCAGAUCUCCCAGCGAGUACCAUUUCCACUUUUCAAGAAACCCUUCAAGAUUACGAUGAUGCUAAUGAACUCAACGUGUUUGUAACACCAUACAACGAUGGUGGUCAUCAUGAUGAUCCUCGGAGCAUUUCAUUGGUGGCCACGAAGUUAUUAUGUGGACAAGUUCUUGAAGUACGUCAUCACUUAAGCAAACCCUACUCCAACAUGGGAUUCCUAGACAUGGGUACGUAG